CCCAGCUUGUGACACCACUUGUGACCAGAAAAGCAGUGCAGCCAUACAAGUACCCAGAAGGGUGAAGGCUCUGCUGGGCAAACAGCUGAAGUGUGAAUCAAAACAGCUGGGCCAUAGUGUCAGACUACCAGAGUGCCUGUGACAGAGGGGAGUGGCCUUCAGCUCUGCGUCACCGUGGGGGGCGGAGCCUUCUCUGAGCAGUGCCUGUGAGUUCUGUCCUGCCAGCCUUGGGGGAGGAGCUGCUUUUUACCAGGCUGCAGCUGACAAGAAGCUUCAAGCCUCAGUUAAUAUCAGAGGUGCAUGUGAUUGGACUUGAGCCGAGAAAGGCAGUAUAACUACAUACGUGCCCUAUAGGAUAAAAGGCCUACUUGGAAGUCAGCUGGCGUGAGGACUGAGACAGUUGGCUAUCACACUGCAAGACUACCCACCAGUCCACCCGACAGAGGUAUCUUCCAGAGGUCUCUUAUUCAAACAACAUGUUCAAGAAUACUGGGGACAUAUUUGUGGAAGAAAACAGUGCACAUAAGCCAUAAACUCUUUGUGGUUCUAAAUCAAAAAGACACUUUAAUAAGACUGGUGUUUUGAUAGCACUUAUAUUUGCAGCCACAAGGCUAGCCAAUCUCAUUGUCUGUAAUACUAACUACUUGGCACACUAAUCUAAAUCAUAAUGGAUGGUGAAUAUGUCCUAUGUAAUUGGAAAGACCAGUUAUGGCCAGCAAAAGUUUUAGAUAGGUCUGGAAGUCCAUCAGACAGUAAGAGGAAAAAGACAUUGUCCAUAGAAGUUGAAAUACUUUCACUGGAUGAGAAAAUUACCGUGGAAAGCAAAGACACAAAAGUCCUAACCAAAUCUGCUGUUGAAGCCAUUAUAUCCUCUCUAGCAGUGCAGUCAGAGGUCAGCGUUGUACCUAGGGAGGAGACAGCCUAUGAAAGAUCACUGAAAAUGGCACUGGAAAUCGUGAAAGAAAGAACAGAUCAGAGCCAAGCAAGCAUGUCAGGAGAACAUACCACUACAGCAUCUGAAAAUAGACCAGAACAGCCGCCUGAUUCACCUCCUCAUAAGAAGUUCCGGAAACUUGAAAGCAACCUCCAGGAAGACUCAACUUCCAUGUUACUAUGCUCAGAGAGUGAUGAUUCCCUGUCCGAUGAUAAGUUGCAGGUGCGCACAACCAGUGGGAGUGUGCCAAGUGAAAUGGAAACAAAGUCAUCAGAAAACUUAAGCUGUUGCCAAACAUACCCUUCAUUUUCAGAUGAUGAUGAUAAAAAAGAAGAAAAGAAAAAGAUUGACAUCUCAGCAAUCAUGUCUGUGAAUUUAUCACUCAAAGAAGAAAGUGAAUAUAUUAAAGAAGAAAAAUUCAUCCCCUCAUCAGAAGAUCUCGCUGUACCCAAACAGGAGUCCCAAGACAUCCCCUCAGAAGCCCCAGCUGUUUCCUCUGAAUGCUCUACUGUCGAAGAGAAUAAUGUGGAAGAUCCUGGAGAGGGCCCAUCAAAUCAGAAUCUAGGCUCCUAUGCCAGCCAAAGUCAGUCUUCUGUGGAAUCAGAUGUAGGUGCUGAGACAUCCACUGCAGGAUGCUCAGGGGACUAUCAGGUUUCCCUUCCUACCCGUGAUACAGUCAACAGUGAUCUACUACUUCAGAGACUUGAUUUAGAAGAUCUUGAGGAAGAAGCCCGAGCUUCUGGCAAGCUUUUGUCUCUAAAUCCUGCCAGUGCAGCUGCAUUAGAAAAUGAUGAUGAGGAUGACGAUGAAGACCUUCCACGUUUCAUUCUCCGUUAUGAGACACGUGCAUUUGAAACCGGAAUGAUAGUGUGGUUUAAAUAUCAAAAAUACCCAUUUUGGCCAGCAGUGAUCAAAAGCAUUAGGCGGAAAGAGAGGAAAGCGAGUGUGCUUUUGAUUGAGGCAGACAUGAGUCCUCAAAAGAAAGGCGUUAGAGUAUCUUUGAGAAGGCUGAAAAAAUAUGACUGUAACGAGAAACAGGCACUAGUGGAGAAAGCCAGGGAGGAGUACCGGGAGAGUAUUGAUUGGUGUGUGUCACUGAUUUGUGACUACCGAGUUAGGCUAGGUUGUGGCUCUUUUACCGGCUCGUUCUUUGAGUAUUACGCUGCUGACAUCAGUUAUCCAGUCAGGAAGAUCAUCAAACAAGAUACCUUCAGAAAUAUAUUUCCAAAGCUAUACAAUGAUGGUGCAGGGGAGCAUUUGCCUGUGGCAUCCCACGCCAAGAGAGUAUCUUUCCAGAAAAUUCUCCCUGACCGGAUGAAGCCUGCUCGGGACCGAGCUAACAAGAACCUGGUAGAUUUCAUUGUCAAUGCAAAAGGAACAGAGGACCACCUCCUGGGCAUUUUAAAGGGCACAAAAAAAUCCAAGUGGCUGAAAUCAUUUCUGAAUGCAAAGAGUUUCACACCCUGUAUUGAAACCUACUUUGAAGAUGAAGAUCAACUGGAUGAAGUAGUGAAAUAUCUUCAAGAAAUUUAUAAGCAGAUUGACCAGAAGAUGCUGACUCUGAUAAAAGAUGACAAAAUUAAGUUUGUUUUGGAAGUUCUUCUACCAGAAGCAAUUAUUUGCUCAAUUUCUGCUGUUGAUGGCUUAGAUUAUGAGGCAGCUGAAGCAAAGUAUCUAAAGGGACCAUCCCUCGGCUGUAGGGAGAGAGAAUUAUAUGAUUCCAAAAUCCUAUUUGAAAAGAGACGCAGGUCAUUGCCAAAUGAAGGUCAUUAAUUCUGCCAAGAGUUAAAACCAAAACGGAAGCUAGAUGAAGCUUUGGAAAAGUAAUCUUCUAAAAGUUCCAACACAUAAAUAUUUGCUGAAAAUGAAGGGAGGGUCUUUGAAUUCUAAGUUCUUUUAUUUUGUGAAGAUCUGUGUGAUCUGCAGAUACUGAUACAUCCACCUUUAUUUUCUUGUGCUUCUUCAGAUUUAGCUUCAUCAGUAUAUUUUUAGCAGUUUGACUUUCUAAUAUAUUUUGGAAUGCAUAAUUCUUAGGCAACUUUAGGGGAAAUUGUUAUUUUGUUUUAUGAUAUUUUUGUGUCUUUGCUGUAUAGGUAAAUGCAUUAUGCAUAUUCAGUUCAAUAAAACUGCACUGGUGUUAGAUUUUAAGCAAGAGAAUUAGAAAAGAUGUCUAAAACAAAUGGCAGUUAUAUAUUUUUUGGUCAAUUUUUUUUUAUAAAGUACUGACUUUUCUCUUAAGAUAGCCAAUUUAUUUUUCCUGCCAUGCCUAUUUAUUUUUGGGAAAAAUAUCUCUAAAUCUUAGAACCAAAGAUAGAUUAAAAUUUGCCACAUAUAUAACUAACCACAAUUGCUUUUGCAAGAAAACAAUCUAAAAUUAAAAAGUAAAUGGGUUAUCCACAUGUAAUCUAUCUCUUUGUGUGUAUGUGUAUAACAUCUCAGCAUGCAGAAAAUGAUUGUUCAUUCUACACUUCUCUGAAAUUCCAGUUUGAGGAGUGUCUGUCUUUCAAUGCUGAAUAACUUCCUAAAACAGAUAAACUUCUGGCUAUCUUCAUUAUCGUGAGUAGAUCUUAAUAUAGCAAUUUGAGCACAUGUAGAACAGUGAAAAUUAGCGUGUCAACAGUCUAGCCACUCUACAGUUGCUGCUUCAAAUCCAUCUAGUUUGUUAUAAACUAAGAAAAACAAGCACUGUGUUCAGAGCCCUUUCUCCAAAUAUAACUAUAGUCAUUUGUCUCAAACCAAGCAAGCUUUAGCAUCUAGCUUAUUUCUAGAACGGUUCCAAUUGGUUCCAAUAACAUAAAUGCCAACUGGUAAAUCAUUCCAACCUACUAGAUGGACCAGAAACUGGAAAAUUGGAAAAACAUUACAGCAAAAGUUCUUUACUAGCUACAUGUGGCAGUUAUUCUGUAUAUGGUUAUGAUUAGUUGUUCUUGUUACUUGAAACAAGAUUUUUUAUAAGACUAAAUCUUAGAAAAGCUAGUAUAUUUAAAAAACUUGAUGUGAAAAGAUGUACUAAGGGCUUAACAGAAACCUAUCUCCAUUUUUACCUCAUAGAGUGAGAAAACUGUCACUCUUGGGCUCUUUUGUGUUCAUCUCACACAGCUCUAUGUUUAUGUACAAUUUGCAGAAUUUCGGUAUUCGCUUUAAAAUAAAACUAUCAUAUCCUUCACUUUAGAUGUUCAUUUCACUUUAGUUAUAUAGAAAUAUUGUGGUGUUUGUGUAAAUUAAUAUAUGUAUACGCACACACAAUUUGUUUAAAACUUGUAAGUGUUGUCAGCAUUUAACUCUUGUUAUAAGUUUUCAUUCUAAAUAAAUGCCCACUUUCAUGAUU